UAUUGACUAAUUGAUUUUAUAUAUUUAUGUACUGAUUUUUUGAUGGAGAAGAUGGUAACCUUUGAAGAUGUGGUUGAGGAGAUUGUUGGAGAAAUCUUUGAUGAAAAUGAUUCAAAGGAGGAUCCAGAAGAAAAUUGGCUAUAUUGUAAUGAGAGCAGAGGGAGUAUAUGAUGUCCGUGCCCAUGCAUCAUUUAUUGGCUGAGGACUUCAAUAUCAAAAUGCCAGAGGUAUAUUAUUCUAUACCAUUACUGGUUUUCAUUUUUAUAGUGUAUAGAGCACUGAAUGGAGAAUUUAAACAUUAAAGCUAAAGACUCAGU